GCUUGCCAUUGGCUAUGAUUGGCUGACUUCGCGUUCUCAAGGAAUGCGACAGCGUCAGAUUGAGUGUGUUUCGUAUUGAUGUUCUGUUAACAACUUAAUUCUCGCCGACAACGACGCAACAAACUUGUCCGUGUCCUUGCAGAGCUUGACUAUCCUGGCAUAGAAUAUUGAAUUUUCGCACAAAUGCCCUGGUGUUUAACGGUUGAAGGUGUGGUGAUCCUCUCGUCCAUCUUCGUCUCUGUGAUAUCUGGUACCACAAUCAAACCUGCGGGCUAUGACCAUAACCCACCUCAACCCCAUAAACUGGCAGCUCAAGCAUCUUCAUCCUCCUCCUCUGCCCACCACCAUCAUCAUGUGCAGAGCCAUCACCAAUAUGCCUCUCCACCCAUUUUACCCGCCUACACGCCCACUCCCUUCCAUUCGAGCACGCCUGUGCCGCCUUACGGAGUCACGCCUACGCCUUACCCAGGCUAUGGGUACUCGCCUGCUCCCGGCUACGGGCCCACUGCCGUGCCUUACGGACAUUAUCCCCAUUCCCCUCAGCCAUCUGCAUCCCAUCACGCCUCUUAUGAGGCUAAUAAUUAUGGUCCUCCCGCUUGCUCCAAGAACACGACCAAAUCAUGGUGCUUGAUGGAUUACGAGUAUCCUGCCCGUGAGAUCCAACAUGCCAUCGAGUACCAUUAUGCGGCAGUGGCCUCAUUGUACAAGGACGUGAUUGCCAACACGGAUAACUCGGUGGAUCGGAUCAAGCACAUCCAUGAUGAAACUUAUCUGUGCCCUUCGAGUACGGGUUAUGUGAUGCCAUUACGAGCCAUGAAUACCAAUGGGCAUUGGCGGAUCGUGGUGAACGAGGUGAAAGCGCAUUAUGAGACCCUCAGUCAAACGGCUCGAGUGGAGGAGUGCACCACCCCAGGACAUCAGUGCUCUCUCAUUCCAGAGUGUUACGAGACCAAGUGCCUGCAGAAAUUCAUUUACCAUCGAUUUCUGACCUAUAACCCGUACGACUAUUAUUUCCCGUUUGCUAUGGAAACGUUCAAGUUGCCAUCAAGCUGUGCUUGCUUUAACAAUGGUUAUUCUCAUCAAAAGCACUAAUACGUGUCUAGUGCUUGCCAUGGAUUGAUUGAUUGAUGCGAACUUGACCCAAACUCUUGUUAUCUCCUCUGUCGUAAGCAGUUCCAAAAUUUCAAGGAUGAUUUCGAUGUGCACUGGUGAAUUGAGCUCGAUUAAUCGAUCCAGCCAUAGAUGGACAAGUACAAAAGCACCAGCGUUUCAGACCCAUGUGGAUCAUGGGAAAGUGAUAGUCUAAUAAUAUGCUUGAUUCAUGCGAGUAGAAAGGGAAAUCUUACGCGCAACUAAUCGCACCACAUUAAUGGCAAUAAAAUGUUAUGAUCACGA